AUGAGCCACGAGCUAUCAACCGCAUCCCUGAUCAAACUGAUCUCGUUCUUAUUAUGGAACUGGAUGUACUUCUUAACGGUAGAAUACGCGCCGAACAAGAAUCCAGAAUGGUGUUCAAGGGUGAUAACGCUGAUACACGCUAGCGUUGCCAUUGCUGGCGGCCUCACGCAAUGCAAGUGGCGAGAAUUGACGCCAUGGCAUUUAACUAGGAGGCUAUUACCAUGCCAAUACAUGUUAAUGGUUUGGUCUUGGGGCUACUUCGCGUUCGACCUGCUGUGGUGCUUGAUUUACAACGAAAGCUUCACGAUGCUCUGUCACCACUCUGCCGCCCUCGUUGCCAUCACCAGAUACAUGCAAAAACAGCACACAGGAUGCACGUUCGCUUGUACACUAGUACUUUUGGAGCUUACGAAUCCUUUUCUGCAGAUACGAUGGUUCCUCAAGCAUGAAGGUUACGGGAACUCGUACUUAUAUUUCGCAGUAGAAGUGACAUACCUCCUGCUGUUUCUCAUUUUACGAGGACUUCUGGGCACCUACUUGAUAUUCGAGAUCUUCAGAACGGACUACUUCGAUUGGGAAGGCAGGAUCUUAUCAGUCAUAUUCUAUGUCGUGUCUAUGGCCUUUGUGUACGACAUAGCUGGGUAUAUCCGCUACAAAUAUAAGAAUGAAAUCGACGAAUUCAGACAAUUCUACUAUGCAACACAAAUACCAAAUAACUGGGACAGAUCAAAUCAACUAACACAGGCUGAAAUUUUAGACACAUUAUAG